CCAGCAUCACAUCGCUUUGGACCUUGAUUCUGGUUGGCUGUGUGUGGUCAUUGGUAGUUGGGAUCUGACUGCUAACUCACGUGCGAAUCCGUCCUCAGCUUUCAACGACACCAGCCGAAUCAUCGCACAAGCACGUUAUUGGGUAAGAAGGCAAGGGAGUAACUCGUGGCUUGUAUCUUACUUUGAGUGAAAGGUUCCAACCUCGUAUCUAUUCCAAUAUUAAUCAAACCGACGUGAUGGACUGCGAUGACAACGGCAUAAGGGGUGGUUCAUCCACACGGCUCCCACCUCCAAGCUCUCCCGCCGAGAAUGACCUUGUCGAAGACAUCGGCGACCUACACAUCAACUCCUCCCCGAGCACAUCCUAUCGUUCCCUUAACGACCUUCCCGUGGAGAUUCUCCGCGAAAUUGUCGAAGAGCUCACUCCACACGAGCAUCAUUAUGACUGGGACUGGGACUACUGCUCAGUCUGUCAUGGAGGAGAAAAGUGUAAACUGGACGAGUCCGACAUUCGCAACCUUCGCCUUGUCAACGGCCUCUUUUACCGCCCUCGACACGCUGGAGCAGCUACUGGUGAUGCCCGGUCUCGCAUCUGGCGUUCGCUCUAUCAAAGCUGCAAAUGGCAUACCAACCAAGGCUCUGGCCGAGGCCCGGUUUAUUUCACUAACACCCGCCUCCAACUUUUGAAUAAGCAGGUAGAGCGAUAUGGAGUCGGCCGAAAUCCCACUCCUAGCAUUGGCUUCCUGGACUCACACGGUGAGUUUAUUUCAGAGCCCGCCGAGUCGUGCGAGGCCGCUAGCACUUUUGACGAGAUAUGCAAGAGCUGGAGUUUGAUGAUGGAAAUCUGGAGCCUGCGUUCGACACGUCUCAACAAUGCGAAAGAGAUGAGUGGAGCUCCAUUCUCCAACAGCUAUGAGCGGUUCAAGGCUCUCCAUUUGGAACAGUCCCGCCUUUAUCAUCCGAAUAUCCUCCUGGACAAGGCCGCUCUCACCUCCUGGCUCGAAGCCGGGCUGAGCUGGAAAAUAAGCGAAGCCCUUUUCUCCAACGGCAGCAACUUCGUUGCCAGACUCCUCACCGACCUCCCCGUUGCCAUCCACCAAGCAGGCCAUCACCUCAAAAGUCUAGUUGUGAAUGCCUUUCCUCGCAAGGGUGACUACAGUAUGAUCCUCCCACCAACCAAAGACCGCGACUCCCUCCUCCACCAGCUCCGAAUUUCAUGCCAAGACCUCCAAUCCGUCCACAUUGAUCAUCACGCCCACCCCCCGCCGACCCGAACCGCCCCCAUUGAGGGACAAGACAAAGAAAUCAUUGACGGUUACAUUUCCGCUGUCAUCUCCAGCCUUAAACUCAAAACCCUUAACAUCUACCUUACCUGCUUCGGCCUUCAUCUCGAGGGCGGCAGUCGACCCGGCGAUGGCUUCCACCUCGGCCCUGCCCAAUCAAAAUGCCCGCCAUUCCCCUACCUAAUAGAGCUCCGUGUCUGUGGAGUUAAACUAGACCAGCAAGAAUUUUUCACAUUUGUCCAAGGCGUCGGCCACAGACUAAGAGGUCUCUACGUGGAUGUCAUCAACGUGGGCGCGAUGGACUAUCUUUUUGGCGUCGUGGAGGACAAUCCAUUCCUGGAGCCGGGCCCUGAAUGGGGGCACAGAAUGCACGUGUUCGGUGGGUGGUGA